AUGAUACUUUUAGCUGUCACUUCAAUCGAGGAAUUGAACUGUCUUGCCAGUUUUAAAGCUGGCACGUAUUGGACGAGCGGCUCGAAUGAAGAUGAGAACUGCGACACGCAUAAAAAGUACGCGUGGUGCUCGACGGGCAACAAUGUUUCCUCCACUCUCAUCUCAUCGCCGGACUUUUGGCUCAACAAUACUUCGUCCUCCCUGGAGCGCUGUCUGGCGCUCGUCAAUACUGCCGAUCCUAAAACGCAGGGGUUGGUGCACAGAAAGUGCGACGACGCUCUCAACUACAUCUGCCAAAUCCCGGUUGAAUGUCCGCAGCUUUUUCCGAAAAAUAUGACUUGGCUUUCCAACUGGAAACAGUGCUGCGCUUUAGGAAUGGAAACUCUCAACAUUGAUAACGUGGCCGAGCAACUAGGGCUUACUAAUAUGACUAAAGUUUACAAAGACAACUGGAAGGCCAUUUUCAAUUACUGGACGUCCGGCAUCGCGAGUAAGGGUUCAGCAGAGCGGCAGUGGUCGUGGUGCGAGUCCACGGGACCCACAAUUUUCGCCCCUGGACUCAGGUGGGAAUCUGGCCAGCCCGACAAUGCUGGAGGCAGCGAGAAUUGUGUCCACUUUCGCUUCGUUCUCAACGACACAGGAACCAUCAUGACCGACAGAAAUUGCUCCAAUAGAUAUAUUUUCGCCUGCAAGGUGUGA